AUGACUUCAACAGGAGAUUUAUCCCUUGGUUCUUUCGGGCACCAUUUGCGAGAACAAUUUUUACUAGAUCGCAGGUGUUUGUCAUUGAACCAUGGAUCAUAUGGAACGUGUCCACGUACUGUAAGUGAAGAAUUACACAAAUAUCAGGAUAAAGUUGAAAAAUGGCCUGACCAAUGGAUCAGACGAGAACUGCAAGCAGAAUGGGACAAAGCAAGAGCCGCACUCGCACAGUUUGUCAACGCGGAUGUUGACGAAAUUGCCUUUAUACCAAAUUCUGUAACCGGACUCAACGCCGUGCUGAAAAGUCUAGACUGUGAAAACGGCGACAAGAUUCUCUUUUUAUCCACACUGUCUGAAUCGGUUCGAGCAUGUUUGAACUGUAUUAAAGAUUUGAAUAAUGGUAAAAUCAGUCUGAUCGAAGUCGAUGUGCUUUAUCCCCUGUCCGAUGAAGAAAUAAUAAAGCGUACGGAACGCAUUAUCGAAGAAGAGAAAUUAAAACCAGACUCUAGGAUCAAAGCAGCUGUUAUAGAUGCUAUAUCAUCAACGCCCGAUGGUACCCAUGCUAUUGGUCAAAUACCGUUAGAUAUGAAAGACAUGGAUCCUGAUUAUUUUGUCACUGAUUGUCAUAAAUGGCUUUAUGCAUCCCGAGGUACGGCGAUGCUUUACCUUCCUCAUAGAAAUCAAGAAAACAUACAUCAUGCUGUCGUAACUGAAUAUUACAAUAAAGGAUUUCAACUAGAAUUCUCGUGGGGUAGCUCGCAGGAUUUUAGCUCUUAUUUAACCAUUCACUCAAGUCUUGCAUUUCGUAAUAGCCUCGGAGGUGAAUCGGCAAUUCAGAGCUACUGCAACUCUCUCGCACUCUUGGGAGGCAAACUGAUUGCAGCAAUACUCAAUACCGAAGUAAUUGGACCCGAGCAUACAAUCAAGCAUAUGGUCAAUAUUCGGCUAUCGAUACCUAGCAAUCAUCCUACGUUCGACGAACAGAAAUACGACUUGCUCAUGUUUGACAAGUAUCGCUGCUAUUUGGCUCUGUUCAAACAUAAUGGUUGGUGGUGUGUUAGAGCAAGUGCACAGAUUUAUAAUGAUUUGCAGGAUUUCGGGUCGCAGGAGAAGCAUUGCAGCAGAUAUGUGAAUUGUACGCAAUAUCAUUUAGAAGGGGCUGAUAUGACGAUCAGUAUACGUAUUUACCUUUGGAGGAAAGAGAGUACAUCUGUCGUAUUUAUCCAUAUAUUUUAA